AACAUAAUUUCCUUGAAAAGCAUCUCUUCAUAGCACGAACAAGUCAUGGCUGCAGUCCUCUCGUUUUACGGCGUUCAUUCAUUAUUAUUUUUCCUGUUCUCCGGAUUUCUUUGCUUUUUAACUACGAAUGGAAUGCUUGGGAGAGGUUUUGGGGAUCACAUAGACUGGAAGACAUAUUCUGAAGGACUUAAAGAAGCAGAAUCGAGCCACAAACCUUUGAUGUUGAUUAUUCACAAGUCUUGGUGUGGUGCAUGCAAAGCACUCAAACCAAAAUUUGCAGAAUCAAAGGAGAUAGAGGAAUUAAGCAAGAAGUUUGUGAUGAUAAAUGUUGAGGAUGAUGAGGAGCCUCGAGAUAGCAAAUUCCAGAUUGAUGGAGCAUAUAUCCCGAGGAUAUUUAUUCUAGAUUCAUAUGGUCAUGUACAAAAGGAUAUUUACAACAAGAAGGGAAAUCCAUCGUAUAAAUACUAUUAUGGAAGUCCACCAGGAAUUGUGGAUAGCAUGAAAGAGGCCCUUGAGAAGAUGAUAGACGGUGUUCGUAUUGGAGAUGAACUAUGAUUAUUAAUUUUCUUCUUUUAGCUUUUGAAAAUCCAUGCGUAUUAUCUCCACACGCACUCACCUUCUGUUCAAACCAGUUCGCUUUGAUGGGGAAUUAACAAUUAAAGAUCAAAGACUUAGAUUUUUCCUAGCAGUAAAGACUUAAGUCAUUGUAUAUAAAUUUGGUUCAGGAGCAUGGAGAAGUAGUACUGUACAGUCUUUAUUUCUUCACAUGAUAAAAAUUACAUAUCUUGCAUAGACAAGUAGUAAAAAUGC